CACCUUCAGUAGUGCACUAUUAUAAAAAAAAUACGAGUCAUUUGACAUACCGCCUCUAAUAAAAUUCAAAAGCGCUUCAUGCUAAAACAAGAAGUGAACCUUACAUCUAUUUUCGAAGUGCGGUGAUGGGGGUAGAGAUCCGAGUAGAAUUUUGUGGCGGAUGAGGCUACGAGCCCCGCUAUCAGGAGCUCAAGCGAGUCGUCAUUGCUGAGUUUCCUGAUGCGGAGGUGUCCGGCUUCGUCGGCAGACAAGGGAGCUUCGAGAUUGAAAUCAACGGACAGCUGAUUUUCUCAAAGCUAGAAACCAGUGGUUUUCCUUAUGAAGACGAUGUCAUGGAGACCAUCCAGAAAGCCUACGAUGGCAAACCAGUGGAGAAGAUCACCAAGAGCCGCCCACCUUGUGUCAUUCUCUAACUCCUACUACGCUUUUCAUUACCUCAGAAACAAAGCAAUGAGUUAAAUCAUGUGACGAUGUAUAAUGGAUCCUUAUAUGUCUCUUUUUGUCUCUGCUUCUAGCGAGGUGUUUUUGGACAUAAAUGAUUAGUGUAGUUAAAAACUAAAGGCUACAUUAUGAUGCUCUUAGUCCAGUCACUGUCAAAAAUGGAGCAGAGAUCAACUAGAGACAUCCAAGCAUGCAAGCAGGAAUUAAAGAUCAGAUAUCUGUAUGUCAAAAAAAAAAAAAAAAAAAAACUUUCUAACUAUUUAUAACAGAAUCUAGCACUUAGCAGGGGGUUUUCUUUUGUGUUUUUCUUUUUGUUUUGUUUUUUAAAUAACUGUUGUAUGUCUCAGUUAAAGGAGACUGGAAAUACACUUCAACAUGUCACAUUACUGUACUAAAAUCAGACUUUAAUAUUGUAAUUUAUUUUUUAUUUAAAUUUAUUUCUUAAUUUAAAUACUACUAUUUAGAUGAUAAUAUAAAAAAAGUGCACAUUAAUGCCACUGCUAAAGUAAUAAUUACAUUUGAGAUCAGAAAUAAAAGUAUGCAUAUAGGACUUUGUUAAUGGUUAACAAAUCACACACUGUUGUUUUGUAAAGAAUAAAAUCCAUUUCCUGUGCAGAAACUGGCUACCGAUGUUGAAAUGUCUUUUUCGUAAUGUUUCUAGGCAAGUUCCUGGUCAAACAAAACCACUUUGCUGCUUAUGUGGACUUUAUUUCUGGUAAUGCUUAAUAUUACAAUGAAAAAGUUAGGACUUUCUUAGCAGGGACAGAGUUUGCAUGCGAACGUAGUUCUUGUUAGACCUGUUUCAUCACCAUACCAGCUGUCAAACAGAACCAUACGUGGUAAUGUCAUUGCGUUCGAGAUCUGCUGUUGCGUUUGACGUUGCAUUGGUCAUUAUUGUUGUCUCUGAUUGCACUGCAACAUCCAAGAGCAACUAAUGUUAAUGUCUAACUUUGAAGCAGAUUAAGCACAGGUUGUCUUUAUUUUUACCACCUCAUUCUCUAGCCCAGAUGAUCCUUUCUAGCCAGUCAUUUUGCCUCAGAAAUGUCUGUUUCUCCCCACCAUGAUUCUCAAUUCAUUUUGUUUCUUUAAAAGUUUCAACUGUCAUAACCUGCUACAUUCUUGAAUAAAAAAAAAAUGAAAGUUG